GCCCCACCCUCUGUCUGGUACAGCUGAACAAACGAAAGUGUCCGAAGCCGGCCAGUGACAUCCCAGCAGCUCCUCCGAGCCGCCCGGCGUCCCGCAGGCCCCCGCCCUCCGUACGUCACCGCAGCCAGGGUGCAGUGCCCCCUAGGGGCCCCUGCGGGCAAGGAGGAAGCGCCAGGUCCUUCCCGCCGCCCGCCGGCUCGCCUGGCACGCGCCCAGCCGCCGUCGCCAGCAGCAGCUCCGUAUCCCAGGAGGACCCACCGCCCCGCGCCAUGGGCAAGCGCCUGCUGCCCGUCUUGUGCCAGCUCCGCCACCCGCUGCAGCCUCCGGGCCCGCUACGCCGCCUCCGUGUGCCCUGUCGCGCCAGCAGCGGCGGCGGCGGAGGGGGCAGCGGUGGCGGGGAGGGCCUGCUCGGGCAGCGGCGGCUGCAGAAUGGCCAGGCCCCGAGCAGCUGCAGCCCAGGCGGCCGGACGCCCGCGAUGCGAGACUCGAUCGUCAGAGAAGUAAUUCAGAGUUCAAAAGAAGUUCUGCGUUUACUGCAAGAAAAAAACCCUGCCUUCAAGCCGGUUCUUGCAAUUAUCCAGGCAGGCGAUGACAACUUGAUGCAGGAAAUGAACCAGAAUUUGGCUGAGGAGGCUGGUCUGAACAUCACUCACAUUUGCCUCCCUCCAGAUAGCAGUGAAGCCGAGAUUAUAGAUGAAAUCUUAAAGAUGAAUGAAGAUACCAGAGUACAUGGCCUUGCCCUUCAGAUCUCUGAGAACUUGUUUAGCAACAAAGUCCUCAAUGUCUUGAAACCAGAAAAAGAUGUGGAUGGAGUAACGGACAUAAACCUGGGGAAGUUGGUACGAGGGGAUGCCCAUGAGUGUUUUGUUUCACCGGUUGCCAAAGCUGUAAUUGAACUUCUUGAAAAAUCAGUAGGUGUCAACCUCGAUGGAAAGAAGAUUUUGGUAGUCGGGGCCCAUGGAUCUUUGGAAGCUGCUCUACAAUGUCUGUUCCAGAGAAAAGGGUCCAUGACAAUGAGCUCCCAGUGGAAAACACCCCAGCUUCAAAGCAAGCUUCACGAAGCUGACAUUGUGGUCCUAGGCUCACCUAAGCCAGAAGAGAUUCCCCUUACAUGGAUACAACCAGGAACAACUGUUCUCAACUGCUCCCAUGACUUCCUGUCAGGGAAGGCUGGGGGUGGCUCUCAGAGAGGACAUUUUGGUGGCCUCAUUCAGGAAGAUGAUGUGAGUGUCCUUGCUGCAGCUCUGCGAAUUCAGAAUAUGGUCAGUAGUGGAAGGAGAUGGCUUCGUGAACAGCAGCACAGGCGGUGGAGACUUCCCUGCCUGAAACUUCAGCCUCUGUGCCCUGUGCCAAGUGACAUUGAGAUUUCAAGAGCACAGACUCCAAAAGCUGUGGAUGUCCUUGCCAAGGAGAUUGGAUUGCUUUCAGAUGAAAUUGAAAUCUAUGGCAAAAGCAAAGCCAAAGUCCGUUUGUCUGUGCUGGAGAGGUUGAAGGACCAAGCAGAUGGGAAAUACGUCUUAGUUGCUGGGAUCACGCCCACGCCUCUUGGAGAAGGGAAGAGCACAGUUACCAUUGGGCUUGUGCAGGCUCUGACGGCACACCUGAAUGUCAACUCCUUUGCCUGUCUGAGGCAGCCUUCCCAAGGACCCACGUUUGGAGUGAAAGGAGGAGCCGCCGGUGGUGGAUAUGCCCAGGUCAUCCCCAUGGAGGAGUUCAACCUUCAUUUGACUGGAGACAUCCACGCCAUCACAGCUGCCAAUAACUUGCUGGCUGCUGCCAUCGACACCAGGAUUCUGCAUGAAAACACGCAAACUGAUAAGGCUCUGUAUAAUCGGCUGGUUCCUUUAGUGAAUGGUGUCAGAGAAUUUUCAGAAAUCCAGCUUGCUCGGCUAAAAAAAUUGGGAAUAAAUAAGACUGAUCCAAGCACACUGACAGAAGAGGAAGUGAGUACAUUUGCCCGUCUCAACAUCGACCCGUCUACCAUCACGUGGCAGAGAGUAUUGGAUACCAACGACCGAUUUCUACGAAAAAUAACCAUCGGGCAGGGAAACGCAGAGAAGGGCUAUUCCCGGCAGGCGCAGUUUGACAUCGCGGUGGCCAGCGAGAUCAUGGCGGUGCUGGCCCUGACGGACAGCCUUGCGGACAUGAAGGUUCGGCUGGGAAGGAUGGUGGUGGCCAGUGACAAAAGCGGACAGCCUGUGACAGCAGAUGAUUUGGGGGUGACAGGUGCUCUGACAGUUUUGAUGAAAGAUGCUAUAAAACCAAAUCUGAUGCAGACCCUGGAAGGGACACCUGUAUUCGUGCAUGCGGGCCCGUUUGCAAACAUUGCUCAUGGCAACUCUUCAGUGUUGGCUGAUAAAAUUGCCCUGAAGCUGGUUGGUGAAGAAGGCUUUGUAGUGACUGAAGCUGGCUUUGGUGCUGACAUUGGAAUGGAGAAAUUCUUCAACAUCAAGUGCCGCGCUUCCGGCCUGGUGCCCGACGUGGUUGUGUUGGUGGCAACGGUGCGGGCUCUGAAGAUGCACGGAGGCGGGCCCAGUGUAACCGCUGGUGUUCCUCUUAAGAAAGAAUACACAGAGGAGAACAUCCAGCUGGUGGCAGACGGCUGCUGUAACCUCCAGAAGCAAAUUCAGAUUGCUCAGCUCUUUGGGGUUCCCGUUGUGGUGGCUCUGAAUGUCUUCAAGACCGACACCCGCGCUGAAAUUGACUUGGUGUGUGAGCUUGCAAAGCGGGCUGGUGCCUUUGAUGCCGUCCCCUGCUAUCACUGGUCAAUUGGUGGAAAAGGGUCGGUGGACUUGGCUCGGGCUGUGAGAGAGGCUGCCAGUAAAAGAAGCCGAUUCCAGUUCCUGUACGAUGUUCAGCUUCCAGUUGUGGAAAAGAUAAGAACCAUUGCCCAGGCUGUCUAUGGAGCCAAAGAUAUCGAACUCUCUCCUGAGGCACAAGCCAAAAUAGAUCGUUAUACUCAACAGGGUUUUGGAAAUUUGCCCAUCUGCAUGGCAAAGACCCACCUUUCUCUGUCUCACCAACCUGACAAAAAAGGUGUGCCAAGAGACUUCAUCUUACCCAUCAGUGACGUCCGAGCCAGCAUAGGUGCUGGGUUCAUUUACCCUUUGGUCGGAACGAUAUGUGUUUCCUUGGCCCAGGCGUCCACUGUUUCCUGUCAUCAUGAGGUCCCUGCAGCAGGUUGCCUGAUGGUGUUGUGGCCACGCCUUCCUGCACAGCCCAGGGAAAGCCACGUGGAUGUCUGUGUCAUAGGAAAGGAGCCAUCCCUGUCUUCUCAGGGUGGUGUGUUCAGGGGGAAGGAAGGUGACCAGCGUCGUUCUCCGUUUCCAGAAACUGUGUAUCAUAUUGACAAGAAGAAAGCUUUGUGACUCAUGAGCAUGAGGUUUUCCUCUCUGGUACAUAAGGUUAUCUAGGUCCAAUCCAUUUGUGUAGAAGAUCUUCUCUCCCCGAGUGUGAUGUACAUUUAUUUUUAGCAUAAGUAUAAAACUACUUUAAAUGAAAUCAGCCUCAGCCAGGGAAAUAGGCUGAGUAAUAAUGUUGCCGGAUAUUUGUACCACUGAGUUGAGUUUGUAAUUCACCGCUGUUAAUCCCCACGUGUCACUUCUGACUUUUUACUCUUUGUAUACAUAGAAAAAUGGUGUUUCUCUUCAGAGUCAGGGAGGGGGAAAAAAAAAAGAUGCUUAUAAUACUUUCUGUCCAGGCCUAAAAUCAGCAUAUUGAUCUAUUUUUUUUCCAGGGAUUGAUGAAAUAUUACUCAGAUACUUUCAUACAUCUGGUAAAUAUAUAGAAAGACAGACACGUUUUUCUUCUUCCGCUUUCAUCUACAGCCUAUUUGUUUUCUUCCCCCCAUUUUUUGUUUGGAUUCAUAGCACAAUUUGGCAACAAAGAUUCUUCUCAAUUUAGAGCUUCCAAGAGGCACUCAUAAAAGUAUGCGGCGCUCAUGGAGUUUCUCUUUCUCGUGUGCCUCUUAGCUGCGUCCAUUACACUUUUCUAUCCCAUCCUUGGCUAAGAGGCAUAGAAUCAGAAGCAGCUAAGCAAUGUAUGCAAGGGAAAUAAAAUGAAUGCAAACCAAGAUACCGGUGCUGUAAAUUAGAUGGCCAGGCCACCGUCAGAGGCAGUUUGAGGGUUUAGUGUGAAGCCUGAAUAAAAAGAGAAGUUAAACUGUUUAAGAAGAGGGUUGGCCGGGCGCGGUGGCUCACGCCUGUAAUCCCAGCACUUUGGGAGGCUGAGGCGGGUGAAUCACGAGGUCAAGAGAUCGAGACCAUCCUGGUCAACAUGGUGAAACCCCGUCUCUACUAAAAAAAAAUAUACAAAAAAUUAGCUGGGCACGGUGGCGCGUGCCUGUAAUACCAGCUACUCAGGAGGCUGAGGCAGGAGAAUUGCCUGAACCCAGGAGACAGAGGUGGCGGUGAGCCGAGAUCACGCCAUUGCACUCCGGCCUGGGUGACAAGAGCGAAACUCCAUCUCAAAAAAAAAAAAAAAAAAAAAGAAGAGGGUCAAGCUUUAAAACUGGAAUUGGCUUUUCAAAUUUAAUCAGUAAAAGGAAACCCCCAAACUGGAAUUGUAACUGUGGAGAAAUGUGACUGAUAAUGACUGGAACUCAUGGCCAUUUACAGGCUUAACUAUGUAUGUGUUCCUUAAAUUAUCCACCAAGAUAUCAGAUUACAAUUAGUCCUCAUUUAAUGUCAUCGACAGGUUUUUGGAAACUACCACUUUAAGCAAAAGGAUAUAUUGCCUGUGAUACCAGUAUUCUUACAGUCUAAUUGAUAGAAACAAGAGUUGAGUUACGAAGCCACACAGUAUCUCCUUUCACUUAAAGUCACUUUCCAGGAACCUAUCCACAAUGUUAAGUGAAGACUUACUGUAAAUGAAAAUAUUUGCAGUAAAUUGCUUUUGAGAGAAUUGCUUAUCACAUACUCUUUUUGGAUAUCAUUGAAAAUUCAGAAUGUUUAAUUAGAUCAGGCUGUACUCACUAAUAUAAAAUCAGGGAACAUGUAUAAAGUAGGUGUAGGGAAAUAAUUUGUGUUAGAUUAAAUGAUCCAAUGAAGGAAUUUGAUUAAGCCCCUAGAAGUCCCAUAAUGAAAAUGUAUAGUUGCAUGACCAACCCCUGUAAGAAUUGGCUGGGGGGCCGGGCGCGGUGGCUCACGCCUGUAAUCCCAGCACUUUGGGAGGCAGAGGCAAGUGGAUCACGAGGUCAAGAGAUCGAGACCAUCCUGGUCAAAAUGGUGAAAUCCCGUCUCUACUAAAAAUACAAAAAAUUAGCUGGGCAUGGUGGCGCGUGCCUGUAGUCCCAGCUACUCAGCAGGCUGAGGCAGGAGAAUUGCCUGAACCCAGGAGGCGGAGGUUGCAGUGAGCCGAGAUCGCGCCAUUGCACUCCAGCCUGGGUAACAAGAGCGAAACUCCGUCUCAAAAAAAAAAAAAGAAUUGACUGGGGUUUCUGCAUUAAGUAUGCUUCCCAGGAUGUUUGUAGUAAGGAUAUUGUGAUCUGUUAAGAAAGAGACCUAGAGCUGUGAACAUAAAGAGGCCAAUUCCAUCCUGGACGUCAUCUCCUUUUUGACUCAUCCCAACCCCAAGAAUAAGUUGUAGAGUGUAGGACCCAUGAAAGUUACCUACUGUAACUUUCAGCGUGCUUCCCCAUCCAGUCUCCGACGUAUCUGUGCUUCUUCUCUGAAUGCAUAGUUACUUGGGAUUUCAUGCUUUAUUAAUCUUUUCUCAUAUUACUGUAAAGAACUGCCUGAGACUGGGCAGCUUACCUGCAAAAUCACCCACUUUAUAGUUUAUAAAGAAAAGAGGUUUAAUUGAUUCAGUUUCACAGGCUGUACAGGAGGCGUGGCUGGGGAGGCCUCAGAAAACUUAAAAUCAUGGUGGAAGGCGAAGGGGAGGCAAGACGUCUUCACAUGGCGGCAGGAAAGAGAGAGAGAUUGGAGGGGCAGUGCCACACACUUUUAAACAACCAGAUCUCAUGAGAACUCAGUAUCACAAAAACAGCAAGGGGGGAAUCCACCCCAUGAUCCAGUUACCUCCUACUAGGCCCCUCCUCCAACACUGAAGAUAGUUAUUCAUCAUGAGAUUUGGGUGGGGACACAGGGUCAAACCGUUUCACGUGCCUUUCCCAGGACUGGUGUUAGAGGAAUGGUGCCCUUGUCACAUCUGCCAGGAUAUACUCAGCACCUCGCAGCACUUCGUUUCUCUUUCAAGCACACCUCUGCACUUGUGCUGCCAGCUAAGGUUUAAUGCAGCUACUUCCUUUGUGUAUCCUCUUACCUUAUUUACCAAGUCGCCUCACCCACCAUCCCCUGUUAAUUAAGGUACCACCUCCCCCACUUCCCACUUCUAGUAUAGAGGCUGUGUCUUUAGUUCUCUUGGCCUUCCCACAAUGGGAUGGCCAGUGUAGAACAUACCCUAGGAGCCAAUUAAAUGUACUAAUGGCCUGCCAACCCUGCAGAAGGCUAGGGAAUCUUCAGGGAGUCCACUGCCAGUGGAAACUCACCAGUACUAGAAUUCCAGGCUCCAAAAAAGUCUGGAAAAGUAAGUCUUUUAAGGAGCUAAUAAGAGGCGCAAGUGCCCACAAAUCCUGUCUGCUCUUGGCGCCAUCCUUUUGGGGUCAGCAUGCUAGUCUUUCUUGUCAAACCAGUUACCGACCAGCAAGACUAAAAAACCAGGCCCAAACACAUUCUAUUCAUGUGCUUAGAUACGGACCUACGGAUCAAAUAUCCCACUGCAAAGCAAAAAAACUGUUUUUCCCCUGUACUCUCACACCGAACACAGCGCACUUCUGUGGCUGGCUGUGUGGGGGCUACUCCUCCCAUACCAAGCAACUCUCAUGAACACCAGACGGGUGUCCUCUUAUUCAGUUCAAUCCUGACAGUGUCUAUCUGGAGAUAGUGUUCAAUCCCACAGAUUACUGCUCAUUCCCCUGAGACCAGACCCACUUCAGGCACGAAGUGCAAGUCCAGCCCACCCAUACUUUUGACCACCUGGCUAAAAAUCGGGUUCACGGCCGGGCAUGGUGGCUCAUGCCUGUAGUCAAUCCCAGCACUUUGGGAGGACGAGGCAGGCAGAUCACUUCAAGUCAGGAGUUCUAGACCAGCCUGGCCCACAUUAACCCCAUCUCUAUUAAAAAUACAAAACUUAGCUGGGCUUGGUGGCAGGCGCCUGUAGUCCUAGCUACUCUGGGGGCUGAGGCAGGAGAAUCACUUGAACCUGGGAGACAGAGGUUGCAGUGAGUCGAAAUCCUCCCACUGCACUCCAUGCUGGGAGACAGAGCGACACUCCGUCUCAAAACAAACAAAAAACACCAGGUUCACAUGAGCCCCUUCCCUUGGGUUCAGUUAAUUUCAUAGGACGGCUCACAGAACUCACAGAAAUACUUAUUUACAGAGGUGUUAUGAUAGAUAUUGAUUUUCGUCCACUGGUCCUGGCUUCUAACUCCCAUAACCUUUCUCACAGUCUUUUGUUACAAUGUUGGGGGUGUCAGGCCUUGCGGGCAGCCCUCUGUCCUUCCCUGCCCUCCUUCCACUGUAAUGUUUCUCCAUUUCUGGUUGAGUGUCUUAAGACCCUCCCAUGGGAGGGUCCUACCCUACACCUAGUGGGAAGGAAUGUGGAUAUCAUGAAACUUCCAUAAAAACCCAGGAGGAUGGUUUUGGGUGAUGGGUGAGGGUUCAGGGGGCUUUUAGACAGCCAGACAUAUGGAGCCUCCUGGAGGGCAGGGCACCCAGGUAAGGCAUGGAAGCUCUGCACCUCUUCCCCCCGUACCUCACCCUACACAUCUCUUCAUCUGUGUCCUUUGCAAUAUCUUUUUUUUUUUUUUUUUUUUUUUAUUGUGGAGACAGAGUCUUGCUCUGUCGCCCAGCCUGGAGUGCAGUGGUGCAAUCUCAGCUCACUGCUAUCUCUGCCUCUCGGGUUCAAGCGAUUCUCCCACCUUAGCCUCCUGAGUAGCUGGGAUUACAGGCACCUGCCAUCGUGCCCAGCUCAUUUUCGUAUUUUUAGUAGAGGCGGGGUUUCACCACGUUGGUCAGGCUGGUCUCGAACUCCUGACCUUCAGGUGAUCCGCCCACCUCCGCCUCCAAAAGUGCCGGGAUUAUAUGUGUGAGCCACCUCGUCCAGCCUGCAGUAUUCUUUAUAAUAAACUGGAAAUGUUAAGCAUGUGUUUCCCUGAGUUCUGUGAGCUGCUCCAGCAAAUUAAUCAAACCCAAACAGGGGAUCCUAAGAACCGCAAUUUGAAGCCAGUCAGUCAGAAGUUCCGGACUUGCGACUGGUGUAGUGAGGGGUCACUCAGCCCUGUGGCAUCUGACGCUAUCUCUGGGUAGACACAGUCGAGACUGAACUGGAGGACACCCCUACCUGGCAUCUGCUGCUUGGUGUGUGGGGAAACGCCCUACACAUUUGGUCACAGAAGUCUUCUGUGUUGAUGACUUGUGGUGCAAGAGCAGAUGAAAACACAGUUUGAGGAGAGCUUUUCCCAACUCACGUAUGUUUACCAGUUUAUUAUAAAAGAUACAGAUGAGUUGAUGCAUAGGGCGAGGUCUGUGGAGUUGGGGUUCACCUCCCUCUUGGCACAAGGUUGCCCGGAAACUCAUCAGGUCUUGUCCAAGGGUUUUUGUAGAGCUUAAUCUCCAGUCCCUGACCUCCACCUUUCCUGGAGGUCAAUGGGUGGGGCUGAAAGUUCCAGCCUUCCAAUCUUCUUCUCACUUGGUCUUCCCAUCCUGAGGCUGACUGGAGGCCCACCCCGUCACUCCAUUACCUUAAGCUCAGGUGUUAUUGAAGGAACUCUUUAUGAAUAUAGCAAAAGACACCCCUACUCAAGAAAUUUCAAGAGUUUUAGGACCCCUGUGACUAGAACCAAGGACAAAGACGAAAUAUAUUUCAUAUGAUCGCACAACAACCAGAUUGGAUUGCGGCGCUGUGCAGCCUUUAGUGUGGAAGCUCCUUGACCACAUUUUCCACCCAGGCACUGCCUUUCUGCAUCCUCAUCAUCAUGACCAUUGCCUGUUCUUAGCAAAGGUCACACACCUUCCAAAUGCUUUGUAUAGAUUAGCUCAUUACUCCCCAUACUCACCCUGGGAGCACAGCCAGUGAUAAGGGAUAGAGUCCUGGUGUUCUGUGGAUACUAUGGCAUAUGGCAAAGAUCCCAUAAGCCAUAGUAUCCACAGAACACUAGGACCUUGGCAACGUCUUCCUCUUUCUUUUUGGUUGGUCAGUCAGCAUGUACUCACAGGGCCAUGCGAGCUGAGCCGGAGACAUCACAAGGAAGUCAAAACCUGCUGUCACCCACCAGAGGCAGCAGGAUGCUUGGAUCAAUAAGGCAUAAGCACCCAGAGCCUUAAAGCACGUAUGUUAGUACGGCCCUUACCAAAAGAAAGAUGUAAGUGAUUAAUGCAAUAGAUGUUCAAAUACGGCAGAGACCACAGUGGGCAGGGUAGGCCAAGAAUGCUGGCUAAGGAGUGGGGCUUAGGGUGAGGCUAGGGCAUUUGAGACACUGCAGGCCCAUCACCCUGGCUGUUCCCUCCUAAGGGAGGCAGGAACCGAGGCCGGAGACCUGGAGACGCCUGUGCAUUAGCCUGGAGGCUCUUUGAUAAGGAGCUUCCAGUGGGGGCCAUAACAUGGGAAGUGGAGAGGCUGGCAUAUGUACUGCCAAGGGAUGGGAUGUGAGAAAGGGGUCGACAUGAGUCCCGGGGACCUGGAAGGAUGGACCAGAGAGAGCCACUUUAAACCGACACGGCAUUGAAGUGACUGACAGACCCACAGCUGCCCCUGCCGAGGCCAGCGUUUGACUUCCUGCCAAGUUGGCCAUCAGACAGUUAGAAAUCAUUUUUGGAGUUAAGGAGAGAAGCCAGGGCUAAAAAUUGGGGAGUUAUUUACAUUGGGAGUGAUAUACAGUCUCUACAUUUCCAUCCAGUUCAAAACAUUCUUGCAUGUCUGCUACGCACUGUGCGCUGAGGUUACCAAGACUGGAAAGACCCAAUCCCUCCCUGGAAGCUUAGCGUCGGCAGACAAGCUGAUACAUGUGAACAAAGGGCGCACAGAUGCCAGGAUGCAGAGGGACUCAGAAGAAUGUUGGUUGCUUCUCUAUCCAGGAGUGCCCUGAGGUGUCCUAAAAAGAGGAGCAUUUAUGACUCAGGCAGGGUCGCACAUUCCAGACAGUAGUGGGCAGGAGCCCUACUCCAGAGUGCCUUAGAGGCUACAGCUGGGAGUUGAGCUGGACCCUGAAGGCGGUGGGGUGAGCCUUAAGAAGCCCUUAACCAAGGGAAGAAUGGGAUCAGACCAUUGCCUAGCUCCGGCAGCAUCGUUGCUAGCAGCCUGUGUGAAUGAGGGUCCUCUCUCAGGUGCCCACCAUGCAAGGGCUCUAGGUCAUUCUUCACUGUCUUUAAUCAGAAAAGCAAAACUCCCAGCUGUUUCCCCUGCCUGAACUGUGUGAGCCCAAGCUGGCCCCAGGAUGGAUCUUGUCCUAGGUAACCAGGAAAGCCUGAAAUGUCAGAAGAGGUAGCUCCAGGCUGGGUCAAGGGUCCAAUGAGCCAUGACUGCACUGAGAUCCCCUGUCUUGGAUUGCUGAAACAAUAAGACUAUACCCAUCUAGUCAUUAAGCCUCAAUUUCGUUCCUAAAUGGGCCAUUAUUUGCUACUGUUCAAAAGUUGCUUGAAACUAUAUUACACGCACAAACAGAAUUGUCCCACAAAUAAAGGAGGUAAUCUCUCCUGUUGGAGACACCACGCAGUAGUUGUCCGACUUGCACAAAUAUUUCUGAAUCAUGAGAAUCCUCCACUUUCAACUUACUUGCUGCUAGACCCCAGUUAUUAUAAGGCCAUGGAGAGCAGUACCUGGUUUCCAUUAUCUUUGCUCUCUUUUUUUUAUGACAUGGUUGACACCACUUCCAGUAGCAAAGAGUAAACUGGUCAUCAAAGCUGUAAAAUCACAAUGAUAAGUGAAAAGUUCUCUUUUGUACUUUAGCAUCCAAGAGAACUGUAGUUUCCAACUACAAUGCUCAAAAUAACUGAUAGUUUUCACUUUUGGCCUGAAAAUGCGUAUAUGACCUUGCCGGAGGACUUGUCUGCCAUGGUCAGGUCUCCUGGCUGAAGGCACUCAGGUCCAUGCUGUUGUUGGUGUUCCCUUGAGGUAAAUGCAUUCUGAAUUUAGCAAAUUAUUCCUUUUGUCAUCCUCUGUGCCAUCUAAAAACAAUAUAGUUUAAAACGCUGUCCAGGCACAGUGGCUCAUGCCUGUAAUUCCAGCACUUUGGGAGGCUGAAGUGGGUGGAUCACCUGAGGUCAGGAGUUCGAGACCAGCCUAACCAACAAGAGGAAACCCCAUCUCUAUUAAAAAUACAAAAAUUAACCGGGCAUGGUGUUGGGCACCGAUAAUCCCAGCUAUUCCAGGGAGCCGAGGCAGGAGAAUCACUUGAACCUGGGAGGCAGAGGUUGCAGUGAACCAAGAUUGCACCACUGCACUCCAGCCUGGGUGACAGAGCGAGACUCCAUCUCAAAAGAAAAAAAAAAUGCUUAUCAUUGUAUAGAUAGCCAUAAAGGUCUUUAUUAUUUAUGAUGACCGUAACUGACUUUUUGUGAAAGUUGGUUUGGAAUCUGCAGGUUAUUUUAAUUUUGAUAACGCUAUUAUUUUAACUUUAUGACAAGUUUGUCAUAAAGAGUGGAACUUGUUCCUCUUUUGCGAUUGAAACAUUUUGUCAGGGAGAGAGAAGAGAGACAUCAAACCACCUAACAGCCAGGUUCCAAGCUAUAUCUAGCUAGAAGUACAAGUAUAUUACAUGUAUAUUUUCUUACAUAAAUGUCACUGGUACAUGGAACUACAUCAGACCAGUUACACUGUUGUAAAAAUUUCUGAACAAAACAUUCAUUCAGCUUCUUUGAAGCUUUUUAAAUUUUCAUUUGAGGCAUAAAUUGGAACCUUGUAUCUUUCUUUGGAGUAGGAAGUAUUUCCAACAGAAAAAAAAUGGUGGGUGCAACUACAUCACAAAAAAGAACAGAAGGUUUCAUGGACAGUGAUAAAAUUAAGCUUAUGAAUUAGAACUUCCAGUGGGAAUUCUUAGUUGGACAGUACAUGGUUAAUGGUAUAUGGAAACCAUGAUGGGGGAUCUUUGCCGCACUGGAAAAACCUGUGUCCAUAAAUCCUUCUCUAGUACUUCUUUGUGAUCAAAGCGUCAAGCUGAGGACAGUGAUGGAGUGCUCCGGUUCAUCUGAAGUGCAUGAGUCCCCUUUGCAGCAGACUCUGACAUUCCCGGCCCUCUCCGGAGUGUUCCCAACACGCAGUCACUGCUCUCUACGUCACUACUUUAAAAACUAAAACUCGGCCAGUGGCAGUUUCCUAACUCUUCAAAGAUCUUGACUUGUACGUUUUUCCCUGCAUCUUCUCUAUUGAGCACGUGAACUGACAUCUUUCUACCCCCAAAAUAAUCGGUUCUUUCCCCCUAAAUAGAAUGGGUAAUCCAAAAAAGACUCAUUGAAAGGAAGUUGGAGAUAAGUAAUGCCUAGGUAGUUUUAGGAGCAGAAUGAAUGUCUCUAAGUAUGUGCAGUGAUUGCAUGUUUAAAAUGUUUAAUGAUCUGCAGAAAUAGUGUGCUGAGUGGAGAAAAAUGACAUUUAGUAGAACAUAAUGUCAACAAUGUAAAAAUACAUAGAUGAGCAAGCAGGAAUAAAGGAAUGUUGAAAUAAAUUACAGUCAUAAAAAUUAAAACCAUAAUUCGGCGGAGCGUGGUGGCUCAUGCCUGUAAUCCCAGCACUUUGGGAGGUCAAGGCAGGCAGAUCACUUGAGGUUGGGAUUUCGAGACCAGCCUGGCCAACAUGGUGAAACCUCAUUUCUACUCAAAAUAGAAAAAUUCACCGGGCAUGGUGGUGGGUGCCUGUAAUCCCAGCUACUCAGAAGGCUGAGACAAGAGAAUUGCUUGAACCCAGGAGGUGGAGUUUGCAGCGAGCCGAGAUCACACCGUGCACUCCAGCCUGGGUGGCAGAGGAAGACUCCAUCUCAAGAAAAAAAAAAAAAAAAAAAAAAAAAAACCCAUAACUAGAACAUUUAUUGAGCACUUACAAGGUGCCAGCUAUGCUCUGAGUGCUUUGUGUGUAUUGACUCAUUAAUGCCCCCAGCACCUUUUGAGGCAGGUUAAAAUCUCCAUCUCAGUUUAACACGCAAGGAAACCAGAGCACAGAGAGCUUCAGGAACUUCCCCUCCUCAUAAGAUAGAAAAUAGCAAAACCAGGAUUCAACCCCAGGUUAUCAUACCUCCCAUCUUUGUGCUGACUCUAUAGUCUUAUUUUCACAUCCUAUAAGUUACUGUAAGUAACUCUCGAUUCUGAGAACCACGUAAUAAGAAAGGGAAGCUUGCAGUUACCUACUCUUGCUUGAUAAUGCAUUAAUUCCAGGUAGGCUUUAAAAGUUUAGUAAAUUUUAGGAUACAUUUUUGAACUGUUGUUUCCUACUGGCUGUCAGAAAACCAUGUUGCUGAAAGGGGAAAAUGUCUGGUGCUUUGUGGAGAUUUUCCUACAGCUUUUCUGGCUGACCAGUCACUUGCACUCUGGAACUCUCCUAAAGCACAUACAGCCCACUACAUGUCAUGGUGGGGAUCCUGGACUUUCUGUCCUCCGUUAGCUUCGUAUUCCUGAAGCAGAUUUAGAACUGUUUCUGAGACUCGCCCUGGCUCCUCUUUCCGUGUUUGGGGUGGGUUAAUCACCUCUUUAGGUGAGAGACUUGAUUUGGGUCCACAGCUUCACAAAAGUAUUGUCGACCCUGCUGGCCACGUGACUGGAGUGCUGGGCAUGGGAGUGCACCCUGGCGUGGCAGAGUGGAUUCGCUCCAUGCCACUGCCAGAGAAUAGGACUUGGAACCAUCAGCCACCCGGCUUUUUCUGAAAGGCCCGCUUGGGCAAUGGUGUCUGGAGAGUCAUCUGAAGAACACAGCCUGUCGGUUCCUCUGGCGAUGGUCUGGUUUUUAUACCCAGACCAAGCUGCACCUCUUAGAGCUGUGCACUUAUAUGGUGUGGCAAUUGCUUUCAGAGACAUGUCCUGUAACAUCAUGUUCUUGUCACCUUUUGAAGGCCACUGGUGCUGUAGGGGAAGAUCCUCACCAACACAGCAGGGCGCUGUUCUGUCACCCGCAACCCCAUCUGGAGAGCUCACAGAAAGGGUUUCCUGGGUUGCUCCUCUUGCAAGCAGGACCUCUGCAAAGCUGCAGUCCCGAGCCUGUGUGCUUGCGUGUUUGCCCACAAGGUGGUCCGACUUGGGAGGGAAGGGACAGAUCUUAGCCAUCUCUGCAUCCUAAAUGCCAGUCCUUGCACUUGACACAUAGUAGGUUUCAUUUGUGGAACGAAUUUCUUCCAGUCCUGACACUAAAUUUUGGGUUUUUUUACUUUUUUUGUUGUUAUUGUCUGUUCUGUUUGUAUUUUGGGGUUUUUUGCUUUUCUCCCCCAGGGAAUGAAAAUGGCUUCUCCAUAUGAACCAGGCAUAUCCUCCGGCUGGGGCUGAGUGUCCUUGGUUGUUUGCUCUGAUUGUAACUAAUGAACAGCUCAGCUCUAGUAAUUGCGGGCUUGCUGGCCCCAAUGCCUGCCUUCUAACCGAACCUUGACUCUGAUCCAGUAUGUAUUCUCCGUGAUCCUGAUUUCUGUCAAUCUAAUUUUUAUUUCAUUCUACGGCAAACCUGCUCAUGUUCUUUGCUGAAAUCAACCUCCCCUUUCUGGAAUGGACAUACAGAAAAUUGGAGGCAAAAUAUAACAGUGGUUGUGCCUCAACUGCUUAAAUACCUGAGAGACUGGCUCAGCGCAGUGGCUCGCACCUGUAAUCCCCACACUUAGGGAGGCUAAGGUAGGCGGAUUGCUUCACCCCAGGAGUUUGAGACCAGCCUGGGCAACAUAGCAAGAACUCAUCUCCGGAAAAUUAACUGGACGUGGUGGUACACCUGUAGUCCCAGCUACUCAGGAGGCUGGGGUGGGAAGAUUGCUUGUGUCUAGGAGGUGGUGGCUGAAGUGAGCUGUGAUUGAGCCACUGUACUCCAGCCUGGACAACAGAGUGAGACCCUGUCUCAAAAAUACAAAAAGCCCCAAGAGACCUAGAUUCCCCCACCCCCCCACCAAAAAUCCACACACACGUGCAUACACAAUAAGAUAGUAUUUCUCCCUUUUCUUUCUCAGAACAUUCCACAGAAUAGUCUUAUCUUUGAGGAAAGCACUACGCAGAACCUUUGUUUGUUUGUUUGUGAUGGAGUCUCA